AUGGCUAGAAAGAGAUUUAGAAUUUCUAAAGUUUGUGAUUUUUGUAAAAAGAGAAAGGUCAAAUGUGAUUUAGGUAACCCUUGUUCAACUUGUGCCAAGUAUGCUAAAGGUGAACCUUGUGUUUAUUCUGAAAAUAUUGUCCAUUUUGAUUCAGUAUCAUCAGCAUCAUCAUCAGCGUCAUCUAUAAGAAGUCGGAAAUAUCUGCAAGAGGAAGAAGCAAUAGCUGAAGAGCUUUCUAUUCGAAGUGAAAGUACAGACAGUACUAAUAGUAUGGGAACUAAUAAUGUAAACAGACUAGUGCCCAUUGACGAAUUGGAAAUUUCUUCAACCAAUACUAGUUAUCCCAAUUCUAUAGUCCAAGAUGAAUUGGAACAACUUAAACAGAAAUUAAAAACCUUGGAAGAAUCAUUAAUCCUUCACAGUGGUGAUAAUAGUCCCGAAAUACAAAUGAUGAAUAAUAUACAACAACCUUCAACUACAAUGCCCCCACUCCUAUCAUCGUUAUCUUCAAGUACCACAAUGACUUCGAAUAUUGAUGCGCCACCAAUUAUUAGUGAAUCUGUCUUUACACAGGUGACAACUGCAACCAACAAUUUCACCAGUGUACAAUCAGUAGAUGUUAAUAAACUAAUAGGAUAUAAUCCUGUUGAGUCAGUUAAUGAGACUAUCAACUUUUAUGAUGGUUAUUGUCCUACCCAUGAUAAAGAACCAAUUAGACGACGGAACUUUGGCCCAUUCUCCUGGAUAUCCUUGACUAAGAUGGACACUGCUUUGGGUAGUUUAUGGGGUCAAUUAGGUGCAAUAAAGGAACAAUAUAGAAUAAAGAUGAUGGUACCAACGUCAAAUGCUCCCCAAGUUGAAAAAGAUUUUUCAGAAAAAGUAAAUGCUGAGGAAGGUUAUAAUGAUAUCCGUCCAUAUCGUGACGCUGUUAAAGAUAAUAAUACUACUAAUGGGAAACUAAAACAAACUCAGCAGCAAGAAGGUAGACUAAAUGCCAAAGCUCUUAGUCUUGGACUCCUGUUUUAUGAAGGUGGUUUGGAUGCCGAAAUGGAAUUAGUGGAAAAGAUUCAACUUGUUUUACCAAAAAGAAGAGCAGUGUGGUUAUUAUACAAACGAUUUUAUACUCAUCUUUAUGCGGCUUUCCCAUUUCUUGAUGAAGUGAUAUUUAAGGAACAAAUCCAAAAAUUGAUUGGUUAUGAAAAUCAUCAAGAUAUACCGACCAUGGUUAAAGUUGAGAAAAGAUUAGAUUUUGCCUAUUUGGGAAUUUUAUUACUCAUACUUCGGUUCAGUUAUUUAUCGCUUUUCAGUAAUGAAGCAAAAGUAAAUGAAGCCAAUUUAAAAACAACUGAUCCUUCACCCAAAGCUCAACAAUUGAAAUAUUUAUUGAAUAAUCCCGUGAAUAUAGAUGUAGUUGAUGUAGCUCAAUCUUGUUUAGAUCAAUUUAGUUUGAUGAGGAGUAUUAAUAUGACAAUCAUGCAAUUGGCAUUAUAUACAAGAUUAUAUCAUCAAUACUCACCUGAAGAUGGUGAUGGAAUUAAUGGAGGUGAUGCACAAGUAUUUAAUGCAAUUUUGAUUCAGAUGGCUUAUACUUUGGGAUUACAUCGAGAACCUGAUAUGUUCCCCGAUGCAUGUAAUGACGAGAAGGUUAAUAAUUUAGGAAGGAAGAUUUGGUAUUAUUUAUUAAUCACAGAUAUAAAUGAUUCAUUGGCGAAUGGAACAUUAGUCAACAUCGAUAAAGAUUCUUUUGACACUCGACCACCGGCAUACAAACCCGGGAAUGAAAAUUGUAUUGAUGUGGAAUUGGAAAAAUUGACAUGUCAAUGUCUUGCGCAAUUUGAAAAUUCUUAUGAAGGAUUAUAUGAUUUAUUAACCAAAAUUUUGAAAUUAAAAGGACUGAUUAAAAUGACUGAAUUGGCAGAGAAAUUGAAUUAUUUGGAAGGAAAUUUUAUGGAAAGAUUUCAUGAUAUCAUUAAUCAUUUUGAUGUUGCUGAAGAUGUUACCCAAUUGAUGAUACCUAGAUCUUUAAGGAUGAAGAUUUAUUUUACUUGUAAUUUUUUCAUUGUUUCUAUUUAUUUACAUAUUUUCAAUCAUUAUGAACGGAAAGCAAAUACUGAAUUGGCAUAUUAUUAUCUUAAGAAGAUUUUUGUUGUUGUCAUAUUGGAAUCAAUGCCAUUCUUUUGUGAAUGUGUAAGUCAUAGUCAUAUGUUAUUAUUUAGAGAAUCAACUGAUUUGGUGGUAAUUCCAGGAUAUGAAACCGUGGCUCAUAAAUCAUUAUUAGUUAUUUCUGCAGUUUAUUUAAGAAUAAGAUCGACUAUUUCAAUAUUACAAUCAAGAUAUGAUCAUACUACAAGAAUGAAAUCAAGUCAUCCAACCGAUGAUAAAUAUAGAAUUAGGUAUCAGAAAUUGAAUAAGAUUGCUGAAUUAUUACUCAGAUGUCGUGAUGUAUUUAGAGAAGGAAUCGCAAAAUUAUCCCAUCGGUAUUAUUAUGCUUGGAGAAUUACGAAAGCCCAAAAUUUCUUAAGUAAUGUGAUUAAUAGAGAUGAUUUCAUUCAACAAUAUCGACCUGCAAAUGGGUCUGCCAUGUCAUUUAGUCUUGAUAUGUUGGAUGAAUUGGAAUUUAUAAUUGAAAGAUCGUUGGCAAAGGUUCAAGAAACUAAAAAGAAACCAAAGUUUAAGAAUGUUAAUCCAUAUCAAAGAACUCCUACGUCUACUACUACACCACCUACCAAUGCCACCAUCAACAACAAUAAUAAUUCCAACGGUAACGGAUUUCCAUAUUCUGCCACUCCGUUAUUUGGUACUUCUACAUCAAACUCGGAGGUAGAUAUGAAUGAAUAUAAACCCAAUGAACAAAUUGAUUCCAUUUGGUUAAGUAUGAUGAAUAUGAAGAAUGAAUUUGGUGAUCCAGGAUCUAAAUAUGGAUUAUCUAAUCCUGGAGCUGCUAAUAUGAGUAAUAAUAAUUUAGGAAAUGUUGGAUCAGGGAUAAUUGCAAAUGGUACAUUGGUUGAUCCUUUGUAUAAUAGUAUGAGUACUCCCGCUUUUCCUGGUAUUGAAACGAGUAAUAAUAAUGUAGGGUUUAGUCCUAUGCCCCAGAUUGAUGCUAUUAAUACUAAUGACUUAUUUGAGAACUUUCCAAUUGAUGAAUUAUUUAAAGACUUUUCAUGA